CGCGUGCGCGUGCUUGUGCGCGUGUCUUUUGGUUCUCAAUCUAGCCUAGUCUUGCGUGCCUGCUUUCAACAACAGAUAAGAAGUAUUUCCCAUGGUGUGAUGGGUAAUUGUACUAGGGAAUUAUGAGAAAAUUGAGAUUCGUUUGCCAGCACCUUCUUCUUUGUUCCUAUAGUAUUAUCGUAAAGCGUACGGCACGGCAAACCUUUCCCAGGACUGAGGGCUGCUACCAGAACAGCAACCACCUCGAGCGAAUAUCAACACAACCACAGCCAAUACGACCUUCGGAACGCCUCCUCGCUGUGAAAGAGGAAAAGAAGAAGAAAAAAAAGACACACCAAGAGAGACAAAAGGCCCAAGAUGCACCUCUUCAGCCGCCAUUGCCGGUCCAUGCGUGAAACAUCCAACUGCUUAUGCGU